AGAGUGGAACAGAGAUCUCAUUGAUUGGUCUAAACUCACGAGGGGGCGGAAUGAGAAACCACACAAGAUAAGAAAACUAUUAAAACAACUUUCUGUUUAACAUACCAAGAGACAAACGCUAAGCGGAAAAAUAGAGGAUAAACGGUAAAGAAGCGCAGUGGACCGGUUCUUCUCACCUGAAAAACCGAAUAGCACACCGCUAGAAAAUAAUCUAGACAGGGGAGGGAUUUCACCUUUAAACCUUUUAAAAAUACUUAAAACUUUUAUUUAAAGAAACUUGAGGUUUCAGCGCCAUGACAUUUUUUGUAUUUACUCCAGUGCCUUUUCUCUGUCUCCUCAUUUUUCUUCACGUCUCAUCAACUUCAGAGGUGAACAGCUCAAACAACAAGCCAAUCAAUCAAAGGGCUCGGGCCUUGCCUCUGAUUAAUGAUUCUAUUCCAGAGGAGUAUAAGGAGCAGAUGCAGAGCUACAGCUUUACACUAGUGGUUCCUCUUCUCUGCUUCUUCUCCUUUUUCACUGGGCUUCCCACAAACUUGUUGGCCCUCUGGGUGCUGCUCUUGCGAACUAAGAAGCUCCCAUCCACCAUUUUGCUGAUCAACCUCACCAUCUGCGAUCUUCUGCUACUGCUGGUGCUCCCCUUCCGUAUCGUCUACCACUUCCUGGGCAACAACUGGACAUUUGGAGAACCAUUCUGUCGUGUUGUAAUUGCGCUCUUCUAUGGAAACAUGUACGGCUCAGUGGUUUGUCUGGCACUGAUCGCCAUGGAUCGCUAUGUAGCUCUUGUUCACCCUUUUGGUGCCAAGAUGCUUAGAAGUAACAAGAAUUCUGUCUAUAUGAGUGUUUUGGUUUGGAUAGUGGUUUUAGCUGCUGUUGUGCCCUUGUUAGCCUCACAACAGUCCUAUAAGAUAAUCAGCCCUCCUAUAACAACUUGCCAUGAUGUACUACCUAUAGCACAGCAUAAAAACUACUUCCUGCCAUACUUUACCACUCUCUUCUCCCUCUGUUUCCUGCUUCCACUGCUGGUUGUGCUGUUCUGCUAUUCUGCAGUGUUACGUACCCUUAUGGCUGAAGGGCAGCGUUUUGCUCAUGCAAUUAGAGUGACUGUGCUGAUGCUAAUUGUUUUUGUGGUUUGCUUAUUGCCUAGUAACAUUCUCUUGCUUUUGCAUUACUCCAAAUCAGACUUUGACCUUUAUGUUCCAUACCAGAUCACUUUGUCUUUCAGCACCUUCAACAGCUGCUUCGAUCCUUUCAUCUUUUAUUACGUGUCUAAGGAUUUCAGAAAGAAGUUAUGGGAGACCCUCAGAUGCUCUUGGUCUGAUUCAGAAUCCUCCUCAGAAUCUAGGACAAAGAUGACCUUACUAUCAAAGAUGAGCAGGACAGAAGGAACAGCUUGAUCAUGAGGUUAGCAAGACAGGCAUGCAAAUCAGAAGAUACCAGGUUAUAUACUCAAUCAUUCUAGGGCGUAUUGAAUGAUUACCAUAUAGAGCUGUCUGCCCAUCUAUCUGUCAGUCUGCCUAUCUGUGUAUAUAACUUAAAAUUAGUUUAAUUUGCACAGGAAAAACUGGCAUGAGGAUAUAUUAAUUAAUUUCCUCCUUAUUUCCUUUAGUCAUUUGUGAUACAGGAGACAAAUAGGUAUAUUUAAAAAACAUUUAAAGAGGCAAGGCAACAUACAACAGUAGUCAUGCUUUCAGGCUUUCUUGCAUGACGGCCCAAAUGCAUGUUGGCAUCUAAAAUUUAAAUUCGUUGAAUGCUGUUUGUAAAAAAGCACAAGAUGGCUCAGCAAUCUCCAGGGCCUAAAGUUGACUGCUAGAUUAAUAACGGUGGAAAAUUUUCAUUUUAACACUGAUAUAAACAGUCAUGCAUUUCAUGCAGAUAUCCAACAAAACCCAGACAAUUCAGUGUUUGUAGGGGCAGUGCGAACUAGCCUUAGAGCUUCUAUUAUUAUAUUAUAUUAUAGUGAACUUAGUUCAAUAAUGAAAGAUGUGUCUAUUCAUAUAUAUAUACAUAAAACAAAUGUGGAGUAUAUAAUUCAUUUAAUUUAACUGAACUAAAAACUGAAUACAUUUAUCAAAUUCAAACAUUGGAAGGUAAAAUGUAUAUUUCAGCCAUGUAAUAUACAGUAUACUGGACAUGUGACAAUACAAUUGUGGUGUAUAAAUUAAUCAUUAAUUAGCAAAUGGAGGACUAAAAUACCUUUUAUGAUGCUGUUUUUUUCAGUAGAAACAUGUAUGAAAAAUAAUAGUUUCUCUGUGUAUCUGAAUAAGUAGGAAGUACUGAACCACAUCAAAUCCACAUCCAUGUCUCUUAUGUCAAGAACUGAUGAUUGUUUUGUGCUUUUUUUGUGCAUGUACAUGACAACCAAAAAUGUGAAUAUAUAUUUGAACAGUUUAUUGUUUUAUAAUGUAAAAUGUAUUUUUGUAAAAUGAUUUGCUUGAAAAGUAUUCCUCUUUCCCAUUACCUAUCAAAAUUAAAAUUAAAUGGAGAUGCCAAAA